CUUCAUCAGAGCAGAAGCCCCACUCCUUCUGAGAAGCACAUUUAUCAGCCGAAUAGCCAGCCUCCACAGGUCUUGGGCCUCUGGGGUCUAUAUCCUGGGGGGGGGGCGAGAUGUCAGAAAGCAAAGAGAUCACUUCAACAACAUUAAUUUGUCACAUUCAGCUAGUAAGAUAACAUUGUCUGCUGAGAGGUGGAUUUUAAGAGUUCGGCGAGCCACUAUCAAAACCAAACUCUAUUGAAGCUUUAGCCAUCCUACAAGUUGAAUGCAAAUACAAUUCAACUUUACUUUGAGUUAUUUGUUGAGCUAUUUUUCAAUAGAGUAAUUAUUUUUGUGCGUUUCUGGAUAUUAAAGAUUCAAGUAAUUAAAGAUUCAAAUAAUCAUUUAUUAGGUUUGAUUAUUUUGUAGUUGAUAUCAUGUUGUACCCCUGGAUGUAUUCUGUAGUAUUAUAAUGUUACGGAGUAUAUCAGUGUUAAGAGGGGCUUUUACUCACCUGGGCUGAACGGCACACCAGGCCUGUGAGCAGUAAAAUAACAAUCUGUAGCCUCAUUCUCUUGUCUUGUUUCCCUCCUCAGUGGAAUUGGUGAGUGCGCUCUCGGCUCCGUUCAGCUCCUUUAACCUCUGAAUUCUGACUCACCGCAAACACUGACUCAGAGUUUGGUUAACCAUCUCUCUCUCUCGCUCUAUUGAUCGAGCUGUUCCUAUUGAUCGGUUUGCUCACAGGCCGAACUUCAUCCCUCUGAACAGGCGGCCCUGACGGGAAAUCAGACACUGACAACACAAGAUGAGUCAGCACCACAAGCACAACAAUAACACGUUCUACUGGUUAUACUGGGAGCUGACAAGAACCAUUACAAUCUUCUACUGGUUAGACAUGGGGCCGUCCAUUACAACCAGUCUUCUACUGAUUAUAGUGGGAGCUGCCCAUUACAACCAGUCUUCUACUGAUUAUAGUGGGAGCUGCCCAGUCUUCUACUGGUUAUAAUAGGAGCUGUCCGGUACAACCACAGUCUUCUACUGGUUAUACUGGGAACUGCUUAGUACAAAAACAGUUCUCUUCUGGUAAGGACCCUGCAGUACUGAUUUUGCAGGGGUCCCGGCAGCGGGUCGGUCAGUGUUAUGAUGAUGUCACUAAGUUUAAGUUUAAGUUUCAAUUUUCAACUGCUAUUUUCCGAACUGGAAACAGGAAGCGUGUGUUAUACAGAUAGUCUUCAUGGUGGCCUGUUACCAAGGGGGUACGUGGUUAAAAGGUAAGUAGAGCAGGCAGGGAAGUGAGAUUCUGUGGUUAGCACCAUCACAUUCAUCUCUUGAACCAUGUACAAUCCGUCAAACACAGGAUGUCUGCUCUUCACGUUUCAGUUCUGCUGUUGGUUCUUCUGCUCGCCUCACAAAAGACUUACGGCUAUGUCUCUGGCCCGGUCUCUCUGACUGUCUCUCCCAGUGGAGGGCAGGUGUUCGAGUAUGAAUCUUUGUCUCUGGGAUGCGAUCCAGCAGACAGUCCCGAAGGAUCUUCCACGUGGAUCGUCUGGAGAUUUACUCACGAAAGCCCUUUGCUAAGCGGAGGUUUGUCUCGGUGUGGGAGUCCCUGGGGGGAAUCAUCUUCCACCAACUGCCUCAUAGCCACGAGCAAGCAGUCUGACAGUGGCCUGUACUGGUGUCAGUCCUCCCAGGGAGAAAGCAGUUCCGCCCUUCACAUCAAUGUCACAGGUGGUCAUGUGAUCCUUGAGAGUCCAGUCCUUCCCGUGAUGGAGGGACAUAAUGUGACUGUGAGCUGCCGGACAAGAACUCUAUCCCCACGUUUCUCCGCUGAUUUCUAUAAAGACGGGUUACUCGUCAUGACUGCGCCGACAGCACGGAUGACCAUCUACAACGUGUCCAAGUCUGAUGAAGGCCUGUACAAGUGUAGUGUGUCUGGCCUGGGACACUCCCCUGAGAGCUGGCUGAACACACAAGGGGCCUAUGUCCCUGCCACCCUUUGGGUGUCCAACGGGAGCCAGCAGGUCUUUGAGUACCAGCAGGUGACGGUUUUCUGCGGGGGGUCGGGUGGGGGAUGGAGGGUGUGGAGGGUGGCGCUGCCCGCUGCCUCCAGCCUGUCGGCAUGCGGAGACAACUGGGGCAGCCCCAGCCCGGGGCUCUGCCAUCUCAACUUCACCAAGAAGUACGACACCGCCACCUACUGGUGCCGGUCUGCUACUGGCCAACACAGCAACAUGGUCAAUAUAACAGUCCACGAUGGUCCUGUUAUCCUGGAGAGUCCAGUCCUUUCUGUGAUGGACGGACAGAAUGUGACUCUGAGCUGUAGAACCAAGACCCCUUCCUCAAGUUUCUCAACUUUCUAUAAAGACGGCUCCAUCAUCAAGACUCCGCCUACAGCAAGGAUGACCAUAUAUAAUGUCUCCAAGUCCGAUGAAGGCCUGUACAAGUGUAGCAUGUCUGGCCUUGGAGAGUCCCCUGAGAGCUGGCUGGCUGUCAGAGGGGGACUCCAGGCUUCUCCGUCUGAGCCUGAGGAGAAAGCUGAAGCAGCUUGGCUCCGCACCCUGAUUUGGAGAGCAGCCUUCUACCUGGUGGUGAUGAUCCUGCACGCCAUCUCUACUAUGCUGCUGAUCAGUCUCAGUUGACCGAGUCAAUGCGGCUGACCAGGGAUUGGAUGAAGAAUAUGAUGAUGUCACACAGGAUGUCACCACCCAGCAUCUGAAAUAAUUGCUAUCUAUGCUUUCUAAACGUUGUAUUUAUGAAUAAGGCUUUUCUUUAAGGACCUCGUUAAACACAAGCCCACCCACAUGCAUGCUCUCACACACACACACACACACACACACACACACACACACACACACACACACACACACACACACACACACACACACACACACACACACACACACACACACACACACACACACACACAGCAGGACUCUUGGCACUAAAGGCAGUAAAUGGUAAUCCUGUUAAACCAACAUGAGUAUAAUCCUCGCACACAACGUCUAACUGAUCACUGUUUUGAUUGUUUUUUUGUUUUGUUUUGACUUGUUUUUGUUUUAUUUAUUUAUUAUUGCUUAUGUUUAUUUAUUUUUACACAAUGUCUUGUUUUUUAAAAAAUGUAUGAUGACUAUAUGCUCUGUAAGGUGACCUUGGGUGUCUUGAAAGGCGCCUCUAAAUUAAAUGUAUUAUUAUUAUUAUUAUUAUAAUAACCUUGUAAUAAAGACAAU